ACCAACUAUUAUUAUUAUUUAUGGUUGUGUGAUCAGGCGACUGGCUAGUCCGAGAGUCUGCUCCGGAUUCCCUAGCUAGCUGCAUUACUCCGUGGGACCGUGGAGCGUGUCAUGGCCGGGGGAAAUGCCGAUCAGCGGGUUAAGGUUAUAUAUGUGGCAUUGGCGCGGGAUGCGGGAUGCGAGAUGCGAGAUUCAGACAAGCAGAUGGAUACUGGAGGCGUUGAUAAGAUAUACAGUACCAUGUGUUUUGGUGCUUCCUGUCUGUUGGGUUUUUCCCUCGUUGGUGUUGUUGUUGUCAGCUGUCAUUCCACCGCCGUAACACUACUUUAUUCUUAAUUUCUUAUCAGAUGGGCCGAGUGGUGACGGCCAGCUCUGGAUCCGAGGCUUUGGACCGUCUGGUUGUCGCUGGUCGCCGCUGAUUGGCUGCUGUUAGGUUG